UGCAUUACGAGUGCAAAAGACAGUGAUGAGAAGAGCUCACGAAGGCUAUGAAGCUCGCUUGCUAACCCAAAACGGAGUCCUCUUUACCAAACCCAAAAAAGUGUAUUGCUAUGUCACACCAAAACAGCUUAUUAUCAAAGAAUUUCUUCUGCGACUUAUUCCAAAACGAGUUGUAACAUUUCGCUUGUGCCCUUCGACAAAGUUUCAUUUCACUGGUACCAACAACCAAAGCGGACUUCCAACAAUGAGUAUUGAUGAUGGUUGUCAACCUCUGGUGUCUCUUGCUGGUAAAGACAGAAAUGUAAUAGCUGCAACAUUUACUCAGUUUAUGCUUAAAAAUAUUGGUGGUUCAGAAACCUUUAAAGAUAAGCAGGAUCACUUUUACCAUGAGGUGCGAAAGUUUCACAGCAAACGCAUGCACGAUAGAAUACAGAUAACUGUGACAAGAGAACGACUGUUAGAAACAUCUAUGAAAGCUACCAACUUUACAGUUGCAGACUGGUGUAAAAACUUUGAAAUAACCUUCCAAGGCGAAGAAGGAUUAGACUGGGGAGGAGUGAGACGUGAAUGGUUUGAACUAAUAUGUGCCCAGUUAUUUGAUAACGACAAAGGACUUUUUGCUAGUUUACACGAAGGAAGACAAGCCUUAGUACAUCCUGAUCCAUACAGGCCAUCACAUAUGAAGCUUAAACACUAUGAGUUUGCUGGAAGAGUUGUGGGAAAAUGUUUAUACGAAUCUGCUCUUGGAAGUGGAUACAGACAAACAGUAAGAGCAAGGUUUACUCGAUCAUUUUUGGCACAGCUAAUAGGCCUUCGUGUACAUUAUAAGCACUUUGCUCAGGAUGAUCCAGAGUUGUAUAGUGGCAAGGUCAGACAUAUUUUGGAUUAUGGAUUGGAUAAACUAGAAGAUGAACUCUACUUCACCGAUGAGAUACUUCUUCCAUCUGGACAAGUUAAAGUGAUUGAAUUAGAGCCUGGAGGAGCUCGAUUAGUGACCAAUAAUAAUAAACUGCAAUACUUGGAUGCUCUUGCCCAGUACCGACUCUCUGUGCGGGUACGACAUGAAGUAGACGCUUUCUUAUCGGGACUCAAUGAAAUCAUCCCAGAUAACCUCCUCUGUAUCUUUGAUGAAAAUGAGCUAGAGCUUUUAAUGUGUGGGAUUGAAGAGUACAGUAUUGCUGACUUCAAAGCUAAUCAUGUGGUUAAUGGUUCAUCUCCUGAGUUCCGAAGAGUUCUCUAUUGGUUCUGGACAGCUUUUUUCUAA